AUGGUCGGCGUCGUCGAGCAGUUCAGCCACCUCCGCAAUGCACCGGGGAGCGCACUAGGCCUGUUCGGUCUUUUACGGUGGAUGAAGAAAAUCAUCCCGGGGCGCCCAAGUUCUACGAACUCUAUACAGGGCGGAUUUGGAGAAUUCAUCAACGGCAAGCCCGUUCAGGGCCCGAUGGGUCCCCCUGCUGUCAAGCCCAGCCGAAAACCCAUCAUCAUAUUUUUACUCCAGGCCCAGAUUGGUACUCGUCCGUUGGGCCCCCUUGACCCAUCAACCCUCACGUUUGCAUGCGCACUAUAUCCAUUCACGCUUCCAUCUCCAUCUGAGCUCGCGCUCAAGGAAAAUGAAAUCGUCGCCAUCAUGGGCAAGCUGGAUCCCAGCACCGUGUGGAGGUGGACCCACGGGUGGUUCCCGAAGAAGUGGGUUGAGGUCCUCGAGCGACGAAACCCUGCUGAAGAGGGCAAGAAGGUGGUUUGA